AAUUUUCAAUGUUUCUGACCUAAUUUCGAUUACUAAAUUAGAUUAGUAUAAUAACAUUACUACAAUGGACAAGCUUUGUAGUACAAGAUCAAUGUCUGGUGAAUAUGGUCGACGAAAGGCUUCCAAUUGCUGCCGAUGGUGGUCAUAGAUACAACGAUGGUACAUCUUAUGUAGGAACAUGGAAUACGGAAGGAAAACGACAAGGGGAAGGACAUUUGCAGCUUCCUGAUGGUACUAGAUAUGAUGGAAUGUUUGAAAAUGGGUUAUUCCAUGGCAUUGGAGUUUUACGGUUUCCUGAUGGGGCAAAGUACGAAGGAGAGUUCUUCGAUGGUUGGUUCCACGGCUAUGGCAUAUUUUGGCGAUCAGAUGGUAUGAAGCACGAGGGAGAAUUCAGAGGAGGAAAAAUAUGGGGCCUUGGUUUGACUACUUUCUCAGAUAAUACCAAUGGGUUCCCGAGAAACGAAGGGUUUUUUCACGACUGCCAGAUGAAAACGUCUUCGAAAUGUCCUCAAGUCAUCAAAAAAGCCCAAAGGGUGGCUUUCAUGGCUCGAAAUCAGUACAUAGAAAAAAUGAAAGCGUAAAAAGUAGACAUCUUUUUGGUGCAGAUAAUUAAUAAAACAUUAAUAAAUAGUUAUUGUUUUACAAUUAAAUUUUUUAUCAAUAAGUUAAAAU